AUGGAGGUCGAGGACAACUCUGCGGUUACAAAUCCUAGUGAGACUCAUUUAAAUCAAGAUCGAACACCUCCACCGAAUAACAGUACCAAUGGCUUUGUAAACUAUUUAGUAGCUUCAUUGCCACCAGGUGUUUGCUUUCAGCCUUCUGAUCAAGAGCUUGCUGGUUUUUAUCUGAAGAGGAAGCUCAAUAAGAAACCCUUGCCACCCAACCAGAUUCAGGAGUUGGAUGAAUGGGUUCUAUGCAGGAUUUUUAACAAAGUGGGGAGAUUGAACACCACAAGAAAUGGGCUUCAAGAUCCUAAUCAACAGACAAAGAACAGUGUUCAACCACAGCAGGGGGAUAAGCAACAUGUUCAAGCUCGAGACGACUCAACUAUGGUGUAA